AAUCCUGUCUACUUCAUCUCUGCCUCUAACCUGAUAUUGGAGCUUUUCAGGAAGGGCCAUGGCCUCAGCCACAGCUACCAAGAAGAUGAGGGAGGAAGCCACGUGCUCCAUCUGCUUGGAGCUGAUGACAGAGCCCAUGAGCAUCCACUGUGGGCACAGCUUCUGCCGCCGGUGCAUAGAGGGCAUCCUUGAGAACCCACAAGGGACGUCAUCCCUGAGGAAGCCCCAAUGUCCCCUGUGCCGGACACCAUUUCAAAGGGAGAGUCUCCGAUCCAUCAAGCAACUGGAAAAUCUCAUUCAGACUGUCAAGGAGAUAGACAGUGAAAGGCUGUGUGAGAAACACGGGGAGCAGCUCCGUCUGUUCUGUGAGGACGACGGGCAGCUCAUCUGUUUGUGUUGUGAACACUCCCCCCAGCACAGAGGACACAGCACUGCUCUAGUGGAGGACGUGUAUCCAGGCUACAAGGAAAAGCUCCAAGAGAUUGUGACAAAACUGAAGGGAGAGCAAGACCUCUGUGACAGUCUAAAGAUGUUCAGAAAAAAGGAAAUAGCACAAUGGAAGGAGAACAUAGAGCUUCGGAGACAAGAAAUCCAGUCUGAAUUUAGGAAUCUCCACAACUUCCUCAAUGAAAAGGAGAGGGCUUAUCUCUGGAGACUGGAGAAAGAGAAAGAGCAGAUGCUGAGGAGACUGCAGGAAGGUGAAGCCAGUCUGGUAAAGCAGAGCUCUGAACUUGAGAGCCUUAUCCUGAAAUCAGAGAAGAAAUGUCAAGAAUCAGCCCAGAAUUUUCUGCAGGGUGUGAAAGGCCAAUUGAAAAGGCUUUCAGAUGUGGAGCUGAAAUUACCAGAGGCUGUGUCUUUGACCCCUGAAACUGCAUGCAAUGUUUCUGAGCUUUACUUUGAUUUGAAGAAAAUGUUAAAGACCUACCAAGUCAGCGUGACUCUGGAUCCACGCACAAUUCAUUGUGACCUAAUUCUGUCUGAGGAUCGGAGACACGUGACCUGUGGCAAACCCCAGGAGAAGCAUCUUAGUUAUAAGAGAUACCAUACCUUUCCCUGUGUCCUGGGCUGUGAGCGCUUCGCCUCGGGAAGACAUUACUUUGAAGUGGAUGUGGGAGCAGGAUCUGAGUGGGCCUUAGGCGUUUGUCUGGGAAAUGUGCAAAGGUUCUGGGAUCAUGUCCCAGAGCCUCAGUCUGGAUUCUGGGCCAUCAGACUCUGCCAGAAGAAUUAUUACAUGGCCCUUACCUCUCCCCCAACUUCUCUUACAUUGAGGGAGCGGCCCCUGCUCGUGGGAGUUUUUCUGGACUUUGAGGCUGGACAUGUGUCCUUUUACAACAUGAACACUGGCUCCCACAUCUUCACCUUCCCAAGGGCCUCCUUCUCUGGUACUCUUCGACCUUAUUUCCAAGUUAAUCAUUGUUCUUUAUUCCUCCCUCCACCAUUGGAGUCAUUCUAA